GCGCCAAAACAUUGAGAGGUGUUGUGUAACGUCCUGCUAUAUGCGUGUGCUUUAGCUGAGAAUAAUGGCUCUUUUACGGUUCUGUUAUUUUAAUAACAAAUGUUUGAUAAAGAAUGGAUUGUUAGUAGAGUCGAUGAUUACAGCUUGCUCAAGGACAGCAGGCUACACAGCCGGAGCCGACAAGAAGCCCCUCCGCAAGGCCAAGACACCUCAGGGGAAGUUCGACACGGAAGAUAAGGACACAACAACAACUACAGACGCCUUUCAAAAAUUUCCAGAUGAUGUAAAUCCAUACACAAAAGAAAAAGGCGGCCCGACAGGCCCUGAGCCAACACGAUAUGGAGACUGGGAGAGAAAGGGACGCUGUAUUGACUUUUAGGUGAAUGUUAACAUGUGCACAUCCCACCGAGUGUGUUGAUAUCACUGGGUGUGUUAUCGUGCAGAUGGACCAUGUAAUACAUUGUUUGUUUGUUUUUUGGGAAGGUGACCGAAUGUUUUCAUUUUGACAGAUGCUGCAUUUACUGGUGUAACCUGUGUAUUAGUGCUUGAAUUACCAUUGGUUUAUUUUUGUUUUCAAAAAAAGUAUGUAUUUUUGCUUAAAAAGUUUCUGGACAACUGCAUUGCAUCAAUGUAAACCGUGAAUGUCAGUAAAAGCAAAUUGAAAAUAUAUCUGAAUAAAGCGGAGUGGCUUUCGA